CGGAAAUGAAGUUUUUACCCAGAGCUCAACAGAAAUGAUGGUGGAUGUGUGAUUUACAUUUCUAAAAUGAAGCAUUAAACCUAUUUUGAUUUAUUUGCGGAAUUAUCAUGGAUGUGUGCACCAGAUUCCAUUAAUAGGAAAUAAAACUGAAUAUGGGAUAGUUUAUCGAUUAACAGUUGGAAGCACUGAACAUAUUCCAGUGAAUAGUCAGUAAUCAAAAAUACCUGAUUUUUUAUUUCUUAUUUAAAAAAUAUUACAGAAAAUGUGUAAAAAAUACCAUUGUUCAAAAUGUUAGUGUUGAUAAAAUAUACAAGUUUAUAUUGUGAAGUAUACUGAUACGACAUAAAAGUGUUAUGUUUAAGAGAAUGCCUGUGUUUGUUUAUGAUUGAUAUUUCUGCCUGGGAAAUACAUCUAAAAGACACAGUGUUAGGCCAAAGUAUGACUUGCAGAAAUGAAUGACCAUGAAGGAAUAGUUAGAAGAUCUAGUUCAAAAUCAGCUCAGUCAGUGACGGCAGACGACCUGUCUUUACCGUCGCCACGGACACCACUUUUUGAUGACGAUCAAACGUUUGAGUUACCGGAGAGAAGUAGUAGUGACUCGAACCUAGCAGCUCUUGCUGAUGAUGCUGAAUCCACUCUUAAUGUAUGUGGCCGCCAGUUCGCCAUUGGUAGCGGGGCAAAGAUCAAGGUCAGCUGGAAGGUGCGAGAGGAAUGCGGGUCAGAUGACUGGAUUGGUCUAUUUCCAAUAGGUGAAUCAAACAAAUCCAAGUUCUGGGAUAGUAAAACACGUGGUGCUAAUGGUGGGCAGAAAGGGGAACUACUCUGGGACCUUGAUGUUGUCAGCCAUUACUUUACUGACGAGAAAACAAAGGUGUGUUUCAAAUAUUUUAAUGGCAGUACUGGUGACCUAAUAGCUACCAGCCCAGCAAUAGUAAUCAACAAUCCACUGGCCAAUACACUUCUACAUGAGAAUGGUGCCUGUGGUGAUAACAAACUAAAAGACUCUCCAACCAAUACAAAAUUUGUUCAUUUGGAAUUUUCAGAUUUGGAAUCCGUGAAUUUAAAGAAAGGGAUAUUUUUCAACCCGGACCCGUAUUUGAAGUUGUGUAUACAGCCUGGUAAACUGUGUCAUCACCAGGACCAUCAUGUACAUGAGCUGCGAACCUCCAUAGCCGAAAAUACAACAUGUCCCACCUGGGGCACUGAGGUACUUGAUAUGGAUGUGUUGCCCUCGGAUAUUAUAGAGUUUGAAAUUAAAGACAAAUUUGCUAAAAGUCGACCAACAUUAAGUCGUUUUCUUGGUAAAGCCACAGUGGCGGUACAGAGAAUCCUGGAUAAAGCAGCGGGAAAUGACGGGCCUGUUUCCCUGUCACUGGACUUAAGUCGGAGAAAUCCAGCUGAGAGUGUUAGUGGAGCCAUGAAAUUCUCCGUUAGAGUCACAAAAUCUCCACUUAAACCAUCUGGGAAGCCAGUGCCAGCGAAGAGGAAACGGCCCAAUGAUUUACGUCAAUCAUCCCUGCCAGAGUCGUCCGACUUUGGAGAGACAUUUCACUAUGCAAACAAGGAACGUUGUUUCACUGAUACUGCAAUUAGCAGUUUAAAUGGCAUUUUAGGGAAGGACUCGAGUGAGUCACCAGAUUCAGAAAAUGCUGCAACACUGUUUCAUGAAAGUGAAUUACGAAUAUCCGAUGAUUUUGACAACUCCCAAGAGGACGAGUUUCUCUCACCAAGUUUUACAUCAGUGCCAAAUACAUUUGGAAAUAAUAGUGCUGUAGAUGUAGUGUCUGGAUUUGAAAAUGGCUGUGAUCAUAGGGAAGUGAAUAAUAUAGAGGGAUUAAUUCCCGCGACAUCUGCUGACGUUACCAUUCAGUCAGACAAUGAAAUAGGGGCUGUUGGAGGCUCAGGUGCAAAUGUAACAACAUGUGGAUUUUUAAGUAGUUUAAAGAAUGUGUCGGGAACACGGAGUGAUGAUAGUGCUCUGCCUUCAAGUGCAGAUAACUCUGACGGCUCAAACGCAAUGGGCUUAGAAAUUGUGAUAAAUAAAUGUUCAACAUUAACAGAUAAACGUGAUCUCUCUGACUCAUUAGAGAUUUUGCCGUCAUGUAUAGGGCCUACAAUUGAUAGUUCAAAAUCUAGAAGGAAUUUUGCUAAUCUUGAUUUUUCUUCAAAUUUGAAUUUAUUGGAUGACAACCUUUCUCACGGUUUUGCUUCAAAGAAAGAAAGGCCUAAAUUAGCAGAAGGAAUAACGCUUAAUUUACCUGAUGUAGAAGAUGAUGUUAGUCAGAUGCCCCCUGAUUUACCCCCUCGUACAUACAAAGCUCCGCCCUUACCUCCCCGACAUCGUUCAAAUGAGGCUCCGCCUCUUCCACCUAGGAACACUGACAAACAUUCAUCUGCACAGUCUACAACACAUAGUGUCACUACACCAACAAGUCCAGCAAGAUCUGUUGAAAGUUUAGACUUUGUUAAUUUAGCUCCCCUUGAGCCCCCUCCUUUACCCCCAAGAACAUACAGUCCUGUUCAUAUGGCAGGGGCGGAUCGAGGGGACCGAGGGACGGAUUCUGGAAGUGGCGGCUCGAUGUCGCUGUUGUCAACAGAGGACAGUGAUAGCCGGAGUUUUGAUAGUAUGGAGGCAUUUUCCGGUUCACAUGAAAGCUUACAGACUGAUUCAGCGGAAAGGGAGCGGCGAUCUAGUGGCUUAGGUCAAGAUGUGAUUAAGCGCGAACAUAAAAAAUUACAUAGACUUUCCCAAGGGCGGAAUAUGAAUAGUCUUUCAGGGGGGUUAAUUUCAUCUCAAACUGGUGUUUUAGGUGCGGAUUCUUUAGAAACACAAAGGCCUGUUACUCCACCUACAAGAGAGUGGCGAAGAUCUGCUGAAAUAAUGUCGCUAAAUCGUGAUGAUAGUAACAAAACACCACCACCAAUUGUUCAUAGACAUAAACCUGUUGAUAGCCUAUUUGACUCGUCAUUAACGGAAGGCAGUCACAGUGAAAACUUUGACUCUCCAGUGGAGAGAUUAAGAUCUUUAAAUUUUGCACCAGUAAGUGAGGGCAGUUGUACCCCACCGACCUUAGAGAGGUUACGUAGUAGAGAUCAGGAGGACACGCCUCCUCCGGUAGAGAGACAUAAACCUAUAGAAACCUCACAGUUUUCCGAUGAAAGACAUAAAUUAUUAGAUUCUCAAAAUGCACAUAGACCAUUGAAUUUAUCGCAUUCUGUUGGUAGACAUAGACAUGUAGACCCACAGUCCUCUAUAAUGGAUCGUAGUAGAACAUUUGACAGGCAGCGGUCUGUAGAUAGUAUACCUGUUGAUAGAUUAAGAAAUUUAGAUCCAUUAUCAAAUACUCAGUUUGAUUUUGACAUGCCCCCUUCUUUACCACCAUUUUUAAACCGACAAUCAAGUGAAGUUCCUCAGACUGACACUGUAGUGACUUCGGAUUAUUCUGGGCAACUUGUGAACAGUGAAGGUCAGAAUAUUUACAGCCCAGUGCUAGAGCUUCAACCUCCUGUAUACUGUAGACAGCGAUCAAGGGAUACUCCACGAGUCACUGAUAGGCAACUAUCUACUGAUAGUGCAGGAAGUAGUGUUUUUGAUAGUCAGAGUACAAAACUUCCCGUACGGCGGUCGUUAAGUCCUGCUGUUCGACGUGUAGUUGACUCAUCUAUUGCUGAGCCCCAGGGUGCAGCUGGCGGAUCACCUGCACUUCCUGUCAGAACAUAUCCAGGAAUUGAUUUAUCAUCCGGGCGCCCAGAGACGCCACCCCGCCCUGGAGCUAUAGGCACUGGUCGGGAAGGUACUCCUUCCCCGCCAAUUAUUCAUCCAAGAAACCGAGUGCUUAGUGAUGAGGAAAAACAACAAAAUAGACAGAAUAUACAUCAGCAUUUACAAAUGUGGACUCAGAAAAAGAAAGAACGUGCAAAUUCCAGUUUUGGUAGCGAAGCUGGUGAUAUUGAUAUAGCGUCACCGACAUCGGAAACACAGAGUUUAACAAAUGGCACCUGUGGCUGGGAGAGAUUUGAUGAUCCAGGCGUAACCAUGGAUACUUCACAGGCGGAGGUACCGUUACAUGUGUCUGGGGCAGAGGGAGGGACACCAGUGGGGCAAAGUGCAAUGGCCGUCAGUAGACUGUCACCGACUCCAGCAAGUUCUACUGUCUGGCAACUGAGAAAUCUAGGUGAAAAUGAUCCACCACCUAGUAUUGAUUCAAUUGAUAGUGCUGGGCCACCCUCUUCACCGUUACCCAAGUUGCCGGCUCGACGAAGGUAUCAUAGGGUGGAGCCAAAUCCGGGCGAUGUGCCCCUCCCACCAGGUGGGUAUAAGGAAGAUUCUGAGUCAACUUAUGGUUGGGAAGCCAGGGUUGACUCGCAUCAUCGGGUGUUUUAUAUCGACCAUGUUAAUCGUACAACAACCUGGGAAAAACCUCAAAGUGGACAACGUUCUAUACAUCGGCGACCAACAAUUAGUUCUCAGCAACGUCAGCAAAUGGACCGACGGUACCAGAGUAUACGCCGCACUAUACGACAGCGACAAGAACCAGAACCUGCCAGUAACUCGGCUGAAAGCACUUCAUCAGGUACAAGUGAUGGAAGUCCGCAGACCUCGGCACAGACUGUGAUAGCAGCACCAGUAACGAUGAUGGCCACAUCAGAGAAUCGGGGAACGUACCGUCAACCGGCAGUCAAAUUUCUCAUGCGACCAGAUUUCUUCCCACUUCUCCAGGCAAAUGAAAAUGGAAUGAUGGAAUAUAACAGGAACCAGACCCUCAAACACAUGAUCAACAAAAUACGCAAAGAUCCGGCUAAUUUUGAAAGGUAUCAGCAUAAUCGUGAUCUGGUAGCGUUCCUCAAUUUGUUUGCUGAUAUGACCAAAGAAUUACCUGAAGGCUGGGAGAUGAAGUUUGAUAAAACCAACUCUAAACCAUUUUUCAUAGAUCAUCAUUUGAAGGGUACAACAUUUAUAGAUCCUCGACUUCCAGCAGAUGUUCCGCCAGUAAAUCCAGACUUUCUACACACAUCAUUGAUACGUGUACGACAUAGGUCAGGUGGCCAGGAACACUCACCUACACGCAGUGAAGCUCCUACACCACCUCCCCGUCAACCAAUAACAGAUCACAGUGCUGUUCCAACAGCGUACAAUGAUAAAGUUGUGUUAUUUCUACGGCAACCAAACAUUCAGGAGUUGUUGAAGGAGAAAUACCCGCUGUAUGCCACAUCUAGUCCACUGAAAGAUAAAGUACACAAGAUAGCUACAGGAGGGACCGAGGCCCUAGAUAAAAUGUCUAAUGAUCUUCCAUUAACCAUAAUGCUGAGUGUAUUUGAGAAUGAUAUAAUGUCAUUUAUACCACCACACCUGUUGGGAAUGACAAGAUCUUCAUCUCCCAUGGAAACAUCUGUCACAGACUCCCCUCAUACCUCACCUAAUACUAUGGUAACAGAUACAGCAAGGUCUAAUGUGCGAGUCCCCGCUCCAUACAAGAGAGAUUUCCAUGCCAAACUUAGAAAUUUCUACCGCAAACUAGAGCAAAAAGGUCAUGGACAGGGACCUGGCAAAUUAAAAAUGAUGGUUAGAAGAGAUCAUGUCUUAGAGGAUUCCUUCAACAAAAUCAUGUCCACCCCGAAGAAAGAGUUACAGAAGAGUAAACUGUACAUCACGUUUACUGGUGAGGAGGGUCUAGAUUACGGAGGACCUUCACGAGAAUUUUUCUUCCUGUUGUCACGGGAAUUGUUUAAUCCGUACUACGGGUUGUUUGAGUACUCUGCUAAUGACACGUACACAGUGCAAGUCAGUCCAAUGUCAGCGUUCGUAGAGAAUUGUCAUGAAUGGUUCCGUUUUGCUGGUCGAGUGUUGGGACUUGCAUUAAUACAUCAAUAUCUCUUGGACGCUUUCUUCACACGACCUUUCUACAAGUUCUUACUGCGAGUGCCAUGUUGUUUAGCUGAUGUGGAGGCAUAUGAUGCCGAGUUUCACCAGAGUUUGACCUGGGUCAAGGAAAACGAUAUAUCCGAACUAGAUAUGGAUCUUUUCUUCUCUGUAAAUGAAGAAGUAUUCGGACAGGUAACAGAACGUGAGCUGAAACAGAAUGGGAAGAAUAUUCCUGUGACAGAGAAGAAUAAGAAAGAGUAUAUAGAGAGAAUGGUGAAGUGGCGACUAGAACGUGGCGUUACUGAACAGAUGGAGAGUAUCAUAAAAGGUUUCCACGAGGUGCUCGAUCCGCGUAUUGUCUCGGUGUUUGAUGCCCGAGAACUUGAGCUUGUUAUUGCUGGAACUGUGGAAAUAGAUAUCAAUGAUUGGAGGAAAAAUACAGAAUAUAGAUCUGGUUAUCAUAAUUUAAAUCAAGUGAUUAUUUGGUUUUGGGAGGCCAUAGAGAAGUUUGAUAAUGAACGUAGACUACGUUUAUUGCAGUUUGUAACUGGGACUUCUAGUAUACCAUAUGAAGGAUUUGCUGCCCUCAGAGGAAGUAAUGGUCCACGGAAAUUCUGUAUAGAGAAGUGGGGAAAAGUAACCAGUCUACCAAGAGCUCACACCUGUUUUAACCGGCUUGACCUGCCCCCAUAUACAACAUUUGAAAUGCUGUUUGAGAAGCUAGUCACUGCUGUAGAAGAAACGAGCACAUUUGGUAUUGAAUGAGAAACUUUCUACUCUUCCGAAAACAAGACAUAUAACUACCAUACACUACACCUGAUGACAGACACAUCAAGGAAUAUAACGGGAAAUCUAACUGUAUCUUGAAAUAUAUAUCUUCGUAAUGAGGUUAUAUAUAAAGUCAAAUGUAAAAAAACAAACAAAUAAACACCCCAAAAUUGCAAAAAAAAAACCCGCAAGGAUUUCUGACAGAUAAUGUUUUAUUAUCAAAAUACACUAUUUCAAUGGAGAACUAGUCAAAAUCGUGAGACAGACAAAACCAUGCAAGGAGCUGUAUAACAGUGCCGUGGCAGUUUGUUACCUUUUCCGGCCCACUUGUUCACGUGGCUGAAAGCAGGUAUAUCAAGAAAUAGAGAUGUUGUACAUGUAAAGUUCAUAUUGUUAAUGCAACAUUCAGAAGAUCGUUCGAAUUUAAAAAAAAAAGUAAUUUGAUAUACUAAGAAUACAUCUAGUACUCGAUAUUUACCUUGUUCAUUGCACUUUUUGCAUAUCAGCUUAUUAUAAUGAUGUACCUGUACUAAUGCUGGCAUUGUGGCAUUAAUUUAACAAAAAUUAUAAUUUGAGAGAAUUAUGCUGGCCUGGCAAUGUCACUUGAUUAUUCUUCCAUGAGGAAUAUGGAUGGCAUUUUACUGUGAUAUGUCAUAUCCUACCGGAUUCUGAUAUUCAUACUGUACAAUGAUAGGUGGGCGUCAUACUGUACAGUGAUAGGCUGGCCAUAUCUCGAGUGAUUGUUCAUUCUGUACAAUGAUAGGCCGGCCAUUUCUCGAGAUAGGCCGGCCAUAUCUCGAGUGAUUAUUCAUACUGUACAAUGAUAGGCCGUCCAUAUCUCGAGUGAUUAUUCAUAUUGUACAAUGAUAGGCUGGCAGUAUCUCAAGUGAUUGUUCAUACUGUACAAUGAUAGGCC